AUGGGCCCCUGUACCGCCUCCUCAUGCUGCUGCCAGGCCCGUAAUCUGCCAUGGGCCCCCGUACCGACUCCUCAUGCUGCUGCCAGGCCCGUAAUCUGUCAUGGGCCCCUGUACCGCCUCCUCAUGCUGCUGCCAGGUCCAGAGUGUGUCAUGGGUCCCUGUACAGCCUCCCAUUGCUGCUGUCUCCAUCGCCACACUCUGCCAUGUGCCACUUUCAGGUCUCCUCACACUGCUGGUGGGUUCCAUUUUUGUCAUAGGGUGCUGUAUGGCCUCCCAUUGCUGCUGCCUCCACCGCCACACUGUGGCUCCACACUCUGGUUUUGGCCCGUGACUGCCCAAAUGAGUGAAGUGUGCGGUGAUUCUAAGAUCGACGGCACUCAUCUGCAUGUCAUACUGACUGACAGUAUUAUUUCUCUUCCCCAGCAGACUCCAAGGGCAUUUAAAUUAAAGGUACAGUGUUCUGCACUAAUAUAA